AUGUCUAACUUCGCUUCCACCAAUGAUAUCGAGGGCAAUGAUGAACUGAAGCUCGAAUAUUUUUCCGAUGGCGAAACCAACGGCGAUGAGAUGAAGGUGAUCAAACAAGAGGACCUUGAAAAUGGGAAUACCGCAAGUGGGAACGGCGAAAAGACCAAGACAAAUGGGAAAGCCACUACCACCCCACGCAAGCGUGGUCGAAAGACAGCUACUGACAAGGCCAACGGCGAUGGCGAUGGCGAGGGCGAGGAUGAAUCUCCAACCAAGAAACAGCGCACUCCGGCUAAGGGCAGCAAAGGGGCCGCAUCUGGGGAGAAGGCGAAGGUCGGCGCACGCGCCAUGCCUACUUCAUACGAGAAUGCAAGCCCCGAAGACAGGAUGCUGCUCCGCAUGAAGGACGAGGAGAAUAAAUCCUGGGGCGAGAUCCGCCAGGCGUGGGAAGAGAUGACUGGGGAGAAGGUUGGAGGGAGCACUCUCUGUGGACGCUAUGGUCGUAUCAAGGCCAAUUUUGUGGUCUUCACGCCAGAGGACGAGGAGCGCCUGCUCCGCUUCAAGAGAGAGAUCGAGGAGAAAUUCGAAAACGACAAAUGGCGUAGUGUUUCUGACGCCAUUGGCGCCGCUGGUGGGAAAAAAUACCCACCUGCCGCCGUCCAGAAGAGGUUCAAGGAAUUGAAUAAGAACAUGUCCAGAAUGGAAAUUGGACUUAAGGAGGAGAACCACGCAGAGGACUCCGCCUAA